AUGGAUGGAUUUCAAGUGUUGCCCCCUAAUCGAUUAGUCCAUGUGACUCGUUUUGGCCUUGGUCACCGCUUAAUUCGGGCUACUUCAGCGUAUCAUCUCGCAAAGAUACUCGCGUUACCAAGGCUGAAGAAUCAGUGGGGCUCAUGUUCAAAAGACACAAACUGGAGAGGGAAGGACGGAAAUGAUGCCUAUAGCAUUUUCCCAUAUCUUUUUGGAAAUGAUGUUUGGAUCCUUCCAACAGAGUCGUCAAUCAAGCGUCAAGGAAAGAGAGUAAUUGUUCGGAACGAUGUAUACGGAUACAUACCAGGACAAAUCUACAAAAACUUUGAGCUACCAAUAGACAAGAGCAAUGAGAUUAGUGGGAAUGGCCCACUCGUGCUCAAGUUGAUGUCAGAUUCUGAGUUCUACAGCCAGUUGGUCGAUAACUAUAGAUUUCAAGCUGAAGUCCUUGAGUUCAUGGAGAAACAUAAAUUCCGAGAGCACGAAGUGGUUGGUCUUCAUAUCAGAGCUGGUAAUGGAGAGAAGACUCAUUUUGAAUGGUCUGGCAGAGGUAUAACGGAUGAAGAAGCUUUCAUUUCUGAUUCCAUCCAUCUUGUUGAGGCACUUGUUGAGAAACUUAGAUCGCUACAACGAAAAAAGCCUCUUGUGUUCCUCGCAACCGAUACACAACGUUUGAUCCCAGUCAUUCAGAAUGCAAUGAAGAAUAUUGGGGUUGAGACAGUACAUUUGGAACAGAUACGGGUAGAGGACAAUGGCGGCGUCACAUUCCAAGCAUUUGCAUCAAAGGAAGACGAUUGCUUGAAGGGUUGGCAAGCAAUGUUCUCUGAUAUGCUGCUUCUGGGCAAUGCCGACGUGGUGGUUGCUGCGCGUCACUCGUCAUUCACACAGAGUCUUCCUCUAUCACGUGUCUUCGAUAGGCACAGAGGGGAAGAAGGUCCCCACUUUUGUGAAGUCUCGAGUGAUGCAACCACAAUGACGUGCUUCGAAGAUAAGAAAACUUGGCUUUUUCGUCAGGAUGAAAAUAAGAUCUUUCAGAUAGAGAAUGGAAAUCAGACGAAAUCUUUUCCUCAGGUGACGCACAGAGUGCUUGUAAGUUUUCCCGAUGUCGAAACGCCAAACGAAAUGGAUACUGUUAUUGAAUUUCUUCAGAAACCAAGGAUCGGUAAUGAUACAGAUAUACUCAUGCAUACGUAUGGCAAGAAAGGCUUCAAUCCAAAAUAUAGGGGUCAAAAGAGUGAGAAAUCCAUGUGGACCUUCGCAUAUUCUUAA